AUGGCUUGGGGAGAAGGCACUGCAUCAGAACGAACGGUUCGUCGCUGGUUUCAAAAGUUUGGAAAUGGAGACGAUUUGCUGGAAGACAAAGAGCGAGCUGGCCGACCAUCACUAGUUGAUCCCGAAGUUUUGAUGAAAGCAGUUGAAAAAGAUCGACGUCAACCUCUGAGAGAGAUCGCCAAGAAUGUC